AUGAAAAGGAAUUGCCCCAAAAAGGCCAUUCACUUUGGCGCUGGGAACAUCGGGCGUGGUUUUGUCGCCUGCUUCUUGCAUAACUCUGGUUACGAGGUCAUCUUCGCCGAGGUCAAUGAGAAAACGGUGGCAAGACUUAAUGGCCAAAAAAGCUACCGGGUCAUAGAGGUCGGCGCCGAAGGGACAACGGAGUCUACCAUUACCAACUAUCGUGCCAUCAACUCAAGAACACACGAGGAUGAACUUGUUCAAGAGAUUGCAACUGCCGAUUUGGUGACCUGCUCUGUUGGGCCUCACAUCCUCAAGCAUAUUGCCCCAGUGAUUGCAAAGGGCAUUGACAAACGCUCAACAGACUUGACCCCCGUGGCAGUCAUUGCCUGCGAAAAUGCGAUAGGCGCCACAGACAUACUGGCUGAUUUCAUCAAGUCACCCGAAAACACCUCGCCGGAAAGGCUAGCUGACUACGACAUGCGUGCACGAUUUGCCAACUCGGCCAUCGACCGCAUUGUUCCUGCGCAGGACCCGGAUGCUGGCCUGGACGUCAAGCUGGAGAAGUUCUUCGAGUGGGUGAUCGACUGCACUCCCUUCGCUGACCAUGCGGCGCCAGAUAUUAAGGGGGUGAAAUGGGUGACGAACCUACAGCCAUACAUCGAGCGCAAGCUAUACACGGUUAACACGGGCCAUGCUACAGCGGCGUACUACGGCCACGUAAGGCGGAAGACCACUGUGUAUGAUGCGCUACAAGACCGCGAGAUCCAGGACGAAGUCCGUAAGGUGCUAGACGAGACCGCGGAGCUCAUCAUUCAGAAGCAUGGCAUCUCGCGAGCCGAACAGGACGUCUACGUCGCCAAGAUCAUUCGGCGCAUCAGCAAUCCACACCUUGAGGACUCGGUCGAGCGCGUUGGUCGUGCCCCGCUGCGCAAGCUUGGUCGCAAGGAACGCUUCAUUGGCCCUGCAGCCGAGCUGGCGGAGCGAGGAGAGGACGUCAACGCACUGCUCCGAGCAGCUGAGAUGGCAUUCCGCUUCCAAAGAGUUGAGGGGGACAGCGAGUCUUUCGAGCUCGCCGUUAUUAUGGAGCACAACACUGCUGAAGAGGUGGUCAAAACAGUGUGUGGGCUAGAGCCCAAGGAUAAGCUGUUCCCGGCAGUCGUGGACGUCGUCAAGCGUGUGCAGGCCGACACACACAGGCAAUGA